GCCCAGCCGUUCAUAUAUCAUGUCACGGUCAGAAACCCCGAGACAGGAACGGCAGUACGAAUCAAAGGGCUCAUAGAUGAUGGAGCCAUGGUCAACGUAGUCGAUGCAGACCUAUGGCCCCAACUCGUGAACCGCCUAGGGGACGCACGCGCGUCCGCACGUAAUCUGAGGAUGGCGAAUGGGCACGUCGUGGCAUCGCAAGGAAGGUGGACGGGAGAGUUCGACUUCGAAGGUGUCAACGUGAGGAGUUCGUUCGAAAUCUUUCCGAGCAAAGGCGCAUGGUCGUUUUUGAUUGGGAAACCAAUGUUAGAAGCUCUUCGAGCACAACAUGACUAUGAAGCAGACACGAUACGAGUGCGAGGGGGAGGACGCAGCGCGGUGGUGCACAAC